CUUUGUUCCUCUAUUCUCCUCUCCUCUGUAAAGGAAAAUAAAUAAACAAAUAAAAAUAAAGCGGGACUUCUCCUUCAAGUCUCUCAGUCUUCAACAGCGACCAUUUUCCUUACAAUUUACAUUUUAUUUAAUUACUUUUUCCUCUCUCGCCAAACACAUUUCUACAUUUUUCAUUUUAUUAAUUUCUCCCUUUUUUAUAAGUUUCGAAUUGUUGGAUUGGUUGAAGAAUUGCUUAGAUCUGAUCACGAUCGCGCCGGAUCCGGUUUAAGAUGGAGGAGGCACUGGAGCUGGCACGUGCCAAGGACACCAAGGAGCGAAUGGCGGCAGUGGAACGGCUCUACCAACUUCUCGAAGGUUCUAGAAAGAGUCUCAGUUCUUCGGAAGUCACUUCGCUAGUCGACUGCUGCAUGGAUCUCCUCAAGGACAACAACUUCAGAGUCUCCCAGGGCGCCCUUCAAGCCCUUGCUUCCGCCGCCGUCCUAGCCGGUGAUCACUUGAAGUUGCACUUCAACGCCCUGGUUCCCGCGGUUGUUGAACGGUUAGGUGAUGCCAAACAACCGGUUAGGGACGCCGCUAGACGCCUACUGCUCACCCUUAUGGAGGUUUCUUCGCCUACGAUUAUUGUUGAAAGAGCUGGAUGUUAUGCUUGGAGACAUAAAAGUUGGAGAGUUCGAGAGGAAUUUGCCCGAACCAUGACAUCAGCAAUAAGUCUUUUUGCAGCUACUGAACUUCCGCUUCAACGGGCUAUUCUUCCACCGAUUUUGCAGAUGUUAAGCGACUCUAAUCUUGGUGUUCGUGAAGCUGCUAUAUUGUGCAUUGAGGAAAUGUAUAGGCAGGCUGGAACUCAAUUCCGUGAUGAACUUCAUCGUCAUCAGCUUCCUGCAUCUAUGGUGAGAGAUAUUAAUGCCAGACUAGAGAAAAUUGAGCCACAAGUUCGAUCUUCAGAUGGAAUUUUGGGUGGUUUUACUUCUGGAGAGAUAAAGCCUGCAAUCCAUAACCCCAAGAAAAGCAGUCUGAGAGCCAAGAGUUCUUCAAGGGAAACAUCUCUUUUUGGAGGUGAAAAUGAUAUCACGGAGAAACCCAUAGAUCCGAUUAAAGUUUACUCAGAUAAGGAGCUGAUAAGGGAAUUCGAGAAAAUUUCUUAUACUCUUGUGCCUGAAAAAGAUUGGUCUGUACGCAUUGCUGCCAUGCAGAGAGUUGAAGGCCUUGUUUUAGGAGGUGCGGCUGAUUAUCCAUGUUUUCGGGGACUCUUAAAGCAGCUUGUUAACCCACUAAGUACACAAUUAUCAGAUAGAAGGUCAAGCAUUGUGAAGCAGGCUUGCCAUUUACUGUCAUUCUUAUCAAAGGAACUUUUGGGAGAUUUUGAGACGUGUGCUGAGAUCUUCAUCCCUGUCCUUUUCAAGUUAGUUGUGAUUACUGUGCUUGUAAUUGCAGAGUCCUCUGACAACUGCAUAAAAACAAUGUUGCGGAACUGCAAAGUUGCUCGUGUGCUUCCCCGCAUUGCUGAUUGUGCAAAAAAUGAUCGUAGUGCUGUUCUCCGUGCCAGGUGCUGUGAAUAUGCAUUGUUGAUACUGGAACAUUGGCCAGAUGCACCAGAAAUACAUAGAUCAGCUGAUUUAUAUGAGGAACUGAUUAGAUGUUGUGUUGCCGAUGCAAUGAGUGAGGUACGAUCAACUGCUAGAAUGUGCUACAGAAUGUUCGCCAAAACUUGGCCAGAUCGUUCUCGUCGCUUGUUCUCCUCCUUUGAUCCUGUCAUUCAAAGGAUAAUUAAUGAAGAAGAUGGAGGGAUGCAUAAGCGGCAUGCUUCUCCUUCUCUCCGUGAGAGGAAUGUACAGAGUUCAUUUUCCACUCAACCUUCCUCUACUUCAAACAUACCUGGAUAUGGAACAUCUGCUAUAGUUGCAGUGGACAGAACUUCUAGUUUAUCUUCAGGGAUGUCCUUUUCUUCUGGGAUGAAUUUAUCCCAAUCAAAACCCCUUGGUAAAGCUGCUGAUCGUACUCUGGAGAGUGUGUUACACGCAAGCAAACAGAAAGUCAGUGCCAUUGAAAAUAUGCUUAGAGGUCUGGACAUAUCCGAAAAACAGAGGUCAACAAGUUUGGAUCUAGGAAUUGACCCUCCAUCAUCUCGUGAUCCACCAUUCCCUGCUGUUGUUCCAGCUUCUAAUAGUCUCACAAGCUCUUUAGGACUAGAAUCAAGCACCUCCAGUGUUGGAAAAGGUAGUAACCGUAAUGGUGGUCUGAUUAUGUCUGACAUCAUUUCUCAAAUUCAAGCUUCCAAAGAUUCGAGCAAGUUAUCUUAUAGAAGUAGUGUGGCAACCGAGUCUCCGCCAGCCUUCUCAUCAUACUCUGCCAAGAGGAUAUCUGAAAGACACGAACGAGGUUCCUUUGAAGAGAAUAGUGACACGAGGGAAGCCAGGCGUUUCAUAAAUCCACAUAUUGAAAGACAAUAUUUGGACAUGCCUUACAGAGAUGCAAUCUCUAGGGAUUCACAGCACAGUUACAUUCCAAACUUCCAGAGGCCACUUUUAAGAAAGCAUGUAGCUGGACGGCUGUCUACUGGAAGGAGAAAGAGUUUUGAUGAUAGUCAGCUAUCACUUGGCGAGAUGUCAAAUUUUGUUGAAGGUCCAGCUUCUCUCAGUGAUGCUCUAAAUGAGGGACUCAGCCCUAAUUCUGAUUGGUCUGCAAGGGUUGGUGCUUUCACUUAUCUCCGGUCCUUGUUGCAGCAAGGCCCAAAAGGUAUUCAGGAAGUGGUUCAAAAUUUUGAGAAGGUAAUGAAACUGUUUUUUCAGCACUUGGAUGACCCCCAUCAUAAAGUUGCACAGGCUGCCCUUUCAACACUUGCAGAUAUUAUUCCAGCAUGUCGUAAGCCCUUUGAGAGCUACAUGGAGAGGAUCUUACCCCAUGUGUUCUCGCGCUUAAUUGAUCCAAAGGAGUUGGUUAGGCAACCUAGCUCAACGACACUGGAAAUUGUUAGCAAGACUUAUAGCAUAGAUUCUCUUUUACCUGCUUUACUGCGCUCACUUGAUGAACAGCGAUCGCCGAAGGCAAAAUUGGCUGUUAUUGAGUAUGCCAUUAGUUCAUUCAACAAGCAUUCUAUGAAUUCUGAAGGUUCUAGUAAUAUUGGCAUCCUGAAGUUAUGGCUUUCUAAAUUGACUCCACUGGCCCAUGAUAAAAAUACUAAGCUUAAGGAUGCAGCUAUUACUUGCAUUAUAUCUGUGUACACGCAUUUCGAUCCAACUGCUGUUCUGAAUUUUAUUCUUAGUUUAUCAGUCGAAGAACAAAAUUCCUUGAGACGAGCGCUUAAACAGUACACGCCUCGUAUUGAGGUGGAUCUAAUAAACUUUUUGCAGAGCAAGAAAGAGAGACAGCGCACUAAGUCAUCCUAUGACCCGUCUGAUAUUGUUGGAACAUCUUCUGAAGAAGGAUAUAUUGGUGUGUCCAAGAAGAGUGUUUUACUUGGGAGGUAUUCCUCUGGUUCCAUUGAUAGCGAAGGAGGUAGGAAAUGGGGUUCCACCCAGGAAUCAACCCUGGUCACUGGCAAUUUUGGCCAGACAACAUCUGAUGAAAACCAGGAAAACAUAUAUCAGAACUUUGAGACCAGUCCAAAUGCAGGGGUUCUUCCUUCCAAAACCAAAGAAUUUUCUUAUAUAGCUUAUUCUAUGGGUCUGGAUCGAACUGACCUGGUAGAGAACUUGGAAAGUAAUUUCAUCUUGGAAGGUGCAUCUACUCCACAACUGGAAAUUAAUGGUCUGAGUAGAUCUGACUCAUUGGGGGCUAUUAAUGGGGUUGCCCAUAAUAAUGAGACUUCGCCAGUUUUGGAUCUUAAUCACCUUAAACCAGCACCUGUAAAGAUUAGUUCCAUCCCUGACUCCGGGCCUAGCAUUCCUCAAAUUCUUCACAUGAUCUGCAAUGGGAAUGAUGAGAGCCCUACUGCUAGUAAGCGCAGUGCACUUGAGCAAUUAAUUGAAAUUUCUGUGGCUGAUGAUCCCUCGAUCUGGAACAAGUACUUCAAUCAGAUUUUGACAGCUGUACUUGAAGUUUUAGAUGAUUCUGAUUCCUCAAUCAGAGAACUUGCCCUGUCAUUGAUAGUUGAAAUGCUUAAAAACCAGAAAGAUGCUAUGGAAGAUUCUGUUGAAAUAGUAAUCGAGAAGCUACUUCAUGUAACAAAGGAUAUUGUUCCAAAAGUUUCAAAUGAAGCUGAGCACUGCUUGAACACUGUGCUGUCUCUGUAUGAUCCAUUCAGAUGUUUAAGUGUUAUUGUACCUCUAUUAGUUACUGAAGAUGAGAAGACUCUAGUUAUUUGCAUAAACUGUUUAACAAAGCUUGUGGGCGGGCUAUCACAGGAGGAACUAAUGGCUCAGUUGCCCUCAUUUUUGCCUGCUCUUUUUGAAGCUUUUGGAAACCAGAGUGCAGAUGUCCGGAAGACCGUUGUUUUCUGUUUGGUGGAUAUUUAUAUAAUGCUGGGGAAAGCUUUUUUGCCACACCUGGAGGGGCUUAACAGCACUCAGUUGCGGUUGGUUACAAUUUAUGCUAAUCGGAUCUCACAGGCCAGGACUGGCACCCCUAUAGAUGCUAACCAAUGAUUAGCUGGUUCAUUUGGCCAGGGAUGUCGGGUUUUGGAAACAAUUACUUAUUCAUUGUUGUGUAUUGUGUAUAUUGUGUGAAUGCAUUUCAACCGUGAUUUAUGUUUACUUUCCCUUGUCUCUUUUUAAAUAUAUACUUGGGUUUCUUGGUUUAAGUCCAUUUUGAUGGA